AUGUCGGUUUUAAAUUUGAUUAAAAGACAUUUUAGGAUCAUACUAACGGAGUUCCUCUUACAAUAUUGUUGCGAUCCAGAAAAAGUGUUAAAUGCGUGCAGAUAUUUAGCAUGCCACGAUCCGGAUGUAUCCACUCCUCAAGGAAGUUUAUCUAUGAGUACAACUCAGAUAGCAGAUUUUUUAAACCCUAAAUUUCUUGGAGUGUUAGCGUACUUUGAUCAUAAAUUAGUGAACGCAAAGGUAGCAUUGUCAGUGAAGAGAAAAGCUUUGAAAAGUUUUCCAGACAUAAUACAGUUAAUGGGAGUAAAAUACCUAACACCACUGAGAUAUAAAGUACUCGCUACUUUGAGGUCUGCUUUGCCUCUCGUAAAAGAGUUCCCAAAGAUUCUAGCGGAAGCAUGGAGCGCUUUCAUUCAUAACAUUGAUACCAUUUCAUUAGGACCUCUGUUGCCCAAUCUUGCUGUUUCCUUAUUACAACAAAUUCAGUACGCGCCGCAAGAGAUCAACAAAAUUUUUCAAUACCUAAUUCUAAACAAUGAAAACUUAUUGAGUUCCUAUAUUUCUGAACUAUUUUUUGUCGACGAUGCGAAAAUAUCCGAGAGAGUAAAGAGCGUAAUUAAAAAACAUGUAAGGAGAACUCAGCCUGACGGUUUCUUGGAGAAAAUAAAAUGGUAUUUGCAGCAUUUAAAUCAAGAUAUUCCGAGCAUAAAGGCAUAUUCAUUUUCUCGUUUGAAUAAACUGUUGAAAUGUAAUAGAAAAGAGUUGCACAAGGCUAUAUUUGGUGGAAAAAACAUUGAUCCUGUUAUAGUAGAACUUAUCGACUGUCUCUUAGUUGGUUGCAAAGACCCCAAUACCGAAGUAAGUGCUUCGAGUGGGUCAUGUUUGGGUCAAUUGGGAGCCAUAGAGGCCGGUCAUUUACCGAGACAAUACGUACAACCAGAUCGCUCACCAUUUGCUUUUUCUAUUAAUGAUAAUUGUUUUGCUGCAACCGCGCUGAUUGAAUUGACUAGAGCUUUUCAGUAUGAGAAAGAUACUAUGAACAUGGACUGCUACGCUCUAACAAUACAAGAAAUUCUGAAAAUCUACGACAUUUCACCAACAGGUUCCAAAAAGACGUGUGGGAUAGUUUCCCCGAGAAUAUGCAUCAAAUAA